ACUCAUAUAGCGAACAUUCAACAAUCAACAGUUUUGAAGCUUGAUUGAUGGUGCGGUUUUACAUAUGACCGACCGUUAAAGCGUUACUCGUAUUGUGAAUUUAGAUACUUUCAAGUAGUUGGUUUUUGAUACAUGAAAUGGAGGGUCAUUUAACAGAAGAAGGUGAAAUGCAGCAGGAAGAGUCUUCAAGAAGGCAAAAGGGUGGGAUAAUAACCAUGCCAUUCAUCUUAGCAAAUGAAUCAUUUGAGAAAGUGGCAAGUUAUGGAAUACAUCCAAACAUGAUCCGAUACCUGAUGGGUGAUUACCACAUGGGUUUCGUCGAGGGUACAAACGUCCUUUUACAAUGGUCGGCGGUCACCAAUUUCCUACCCGUCUUCGGUGCUUUUCUCUCAGAUUCGCUUUUCGGCCGAUUCCUUACCAUUUUUAUUGGUUCAAUCUUUAGUCUCAUGGGAAUGAUCCUUCUAUGGUUAACAACGAUGAUCCGAAGUGCAAAACCUCCCCCGUGUGAUGCACGGGUGCCUCAUUCGUGUAAAUCACCAACACCCAUUCAAUACACACUCCUUUUUUCGGCCUUCGCUUUGAUAUCCGUCGGAGGAGCUGGGGUCCACCCGUGUUCCUUAGCAUUUGGGGCGGACCAAAUAGACCGCAAGGAAAAUCCAAAGAGAGAGAGGGCGUUGGGGAGCUUCUUUGGGAGGUAUUACGCGACAGCUGUUAUGGCGAUCAUGAUUGCAUUUACGGGCAUUGUUUAUAUUCAAGAUAAUCACGGAUGGAGAGUCGGGUUUGGGGUCCCCCUCGUUCUCAUGUUCUUGGCUACAAUAUUUUUCGUGGCCGCUUAUCCGCUUUAUUACAAGAUCAAGGUCAAAAAAAGUGUUUUUACUAGCUUUUGUCAAGUGAUAUUUGUGGCUUGGAAACAUAGAAAGCUCACUUUACCGGAUUCAAGUGGUGGCUUAUGGUAUAAUGAAAAUGAUGCAAAGGUUACCACACCUUCAAAGACCUUGAGGUUUUUGAAUAGAGCUUGCAUCCCAUCGCAACCCGAAGAUACGACUGCUAAAGAUCCAUGGAGCAUUUGCACGGUAGAUCAAGUCGAAGAGCUCAAAAUACUUAUUAAAGUACUCCCAUUAUGGUCUUCUAGUAUAAUGUUCUCCGUGGCGAUGAACCAAAGCACAUUUCCCGUCCUACAAGCUCUAACGAUGGACCGACACAUCACAACAAAGUUUGAAAUCCCCGCUGCCUCGUUUAGCUUUUUCCUAAUUAUAACGGUCAUGGUUUGGGUUAUACUAUAUGAUCUCGUUAUCCUCCCAUUGUUAUCGAAAAUGAAAGGGAGAUCCGUAUACAUAAGCGCAAAGUUAAGAAUUGGGGCGGGCCUAUGUUUUUCAAUAGUCGCGUUGGUGAUUUCAGGAGUCGUUGAACAUGUAAGGAAAAAUAAAGCGAUUAGACAAGGUUUUUUGAACGAUCCUCAAGCGGUUAUAAAAAUGUCGGCUAUGUGGCUCAUUCCACAAAAUGUCAUAAACGGGUUGGCGGAUGGUUUGAACAUAAUUGGUCAAACCGAGUUUUAUUAUUCCGAGUUCCCUAAAAGUAUGUCGAGUAUUGCAUCGGCUAUUUACUUGCUCGGGUCGGCUAUCGCGAGUUUGUUGGCGAGUGUUUUACUAAGCACUGUGGAUGAUUUAACAAAAGGGGAGGGGGGAGAGGGUUGGAUUUCUACUAAUAUUAAUAAGGGUCAUUAUGAUAAGUAUUAUUGGCUUCUUGCUUUAAUGAGUUUUAUAAACUUCUUGUAUCAUGUUGUAUGUAGUCGGGCUUACGGCCCGUGUGUAGAUAAAGCGGUUUUAACGGGUGUGGACGUUAAUAAUUCGGGUGAAGAUGAAGCCUCAAGAAGCUAGGAUUCAAAAUUUGAACAUUUGUUUGUUGACAAUUCUAUGUUAUUAAAGUUUAUAUUGCUACAAGGCUUUGAUUGUCUACAAGUAUGAUUAA